GGUCAUCCGCAUUUUUAUAUGAUCAUUACGCCUGUUUAUGUGUUUGUCCAUCUGUGAACGACGCCCGACUUUUCUUCUACUUCAUUUCGAAAAUAUGUGCUAAUAUUGAUGUCUUUGUGGAACUCAAAGGACUGUAAACCUUUUUAGUUGGCAUUGUUUGUGUUUUGAGUGCUAUUAUGGCAGAAGCGAGAUCGACGGGAAAAAUUACUUAUGUGACUUUGUCCCUGGAAGAUGUGCGAGGAUCAAAACGCAGCGAUAACGAGAGCGAGGAUACAGAAAGUAAAAAAGAGACUGUUUAUUCAAUGUAUACGCAGAGUUUUAUGGAUGAUUACUUGAUCGAGUUCAGCGAAGUCUUUCGAAGAAAGGUGCGUGAGAAGUAUUGUUCUACUGAGGAAAUAUCUUGGAGUGAUGCGUCAGAUGAGGUAAAAGUUGAAAUCUUGAUUGCAAGAUUUGAGGAUGGAGGAAGGCAAUUUUCAGAAGAUCCUCUUCUAGUGUUACUCAAGAAAUGGCCAGCAAGUGAAACAUUUUCUGAUAAUCCAAGAUUAAUAGAGGCAGAGAUAAAUCGUCUGGUCAAAAUAAUUUUCUGCAAAGAUGAAGCUAAGAAAUACAAGUUUUUCAAAGACAAAAAAGAGCUGUCGUGGAAGACACCACUUCACCUGGUUGCAGAGUUAAACUUCACGUCUGUGGCACAAACUAUUUUAAGUCACUACCCUGGACAGCUGUACAUAACAACAAAUCCACAUGCAGGAAAUGAUAAUAGCAGAAGCAUUCCUCUUAAGUUGGCAUUGAAACGACGCAAUGAUGAAGUUUCAACUCUGAUGAUAGAGCACAUGGGAUCUGAAAGGGUCUUGAGGUUGUUCUCAGAUAAUGUCUAUGACAUCCCUUUGAGCUUUCAAGAGCUUGUGAAACACCCAAACAUGAAGAAAACUGUUACAGCUGUCCUCAACUGUAUGAUCAGUCCUGAUUGGCGACAUUUACCCAAAUUCAGGGAGGACUCUUCUUUGGAAAUGAAGAAGGACAUCGAGCUUGCUUGGAGCUCAGAACCGAGCGAUCCAAUCAGUUAUCAAUUUUCCUACAAAAUCUUGGACGGUGAUGAAAGCGGCAGAGACCCCACACAUGAUGAUUUCGACUGGAUGUCAAAGUCUUGCCUGUUCUUGAUCGCGAACAGUGGAAAUAAGGAAGCCAUUCAACAUCCAGUGGUUCGACGACUUGUCAAAAGGAAAUGGAUCCACUAUGGUCAUUUUUGGUUCAGUGUUCAGACCGGUCUGUACCUAAUGUUUCUCUUGCUGUUGUCGUUCUCUUUGCUUUACGGCGCAACUAAAUCAGACCCAACAAAAUACCAGGGAAGUGCGGACGGGCUAAGAAUGAUCUGCGAGAUUUUUGUUGUCGUGUGGAUUGCGGCCUACAUUGCUGACGAGGUUAACGAAAUCGAAAAGAAACGCUGGAGUUACUUGAAAGUUCCACAAGUUUACUUCAAUCUGUUUGACUGGCUUGGAUUGAUACUAAUUCUGUCAGUAAUUCCUCUUCGAUUUUCACGGCAUGAAGGCCAGUGGGCUGUCGCCUCUGUGGGCUUUAUAUUCAACGUCCUUCGGCUUUUCAAGUAUUCUUGUGUAACCAGGGCAACUGGACUGUAUACAAAGACGCUAGCCAGGAUUGUGUACCGUGAUAUUACUCGCUUCAGCUGCGUAUUUCUCGUCGUAUUCUUGGCUUUUUGUGGAGCGUUUUUCUUAUCCUUACGUGUGACAAGUGAUGUCAAAGUCUUUGGUGGUUUUGAUAUGGUUAUGUUGAGUGGUGUCAGAGCUUUCGUGGAACAACAGCCGGCUGCGGACGAUUAUACAAAAUUCAAAUGGCUUCCACUGUUUGUUCUUCUGACGUACAUGAUGGCUGUUGUGGUGAUACUUCUUAACAUUUUGAUCGCUCAAAUCAGUAGUACCUACUGUGAGGCUAAGAAGAAUGCCAGACUCCAGUAUGAUGUGGACAGAAUGCUCAUUAUUACAAGACUAGAACACAGCAGAUUCCACAAAUUCAAUCUGCGGCUAAAUUACUAUCAGGAGGAAGAAAUUAUCGACGAGAUGACUCUGGCAAAAGAUCUCUUAGAGUACAAUGAAGACAGGUCGCCGUGGGAGACAGUUGAGGAGAAACUGGAUGAAAUCAGGGCUAUCAUGCGGAAGAUCAUUAAGCGAAUACCUUUACAAGAUUAAGAUAAAGAGAGAUGAUGCGCUAGAAGAUUGAACUUAAAGUGCACAAGAACGUAAUCAGCUUCUUGGAUCGAAAUUUAAACAAUUAGAACAAAUUGCAUUUCGAAAAACGUAGUUUAAAGAAAGGUGUUUUUAGUUUUGCCACAUGAAAAACCAAAAAUCAAAGAUAAAAUUCUGAGUUCGAACCCCAGGCCUUCAUACUUUUGACUGCGGUGUUCUGCCACUGAGCUCUCAAGAACUCAAAGGUGAGCCAGGCCAUUUCUAGAACGUAGUUAAUCAACUUAAUAAAAGCCAAAAGACUAUUGACGGGCGACAUGAAGCCUUAUACGCAUAUUUUAGUCUCGUACCCAGACCUUUCACGGCCAAGCCUACAUUUUAGUAACAGUCACACAGUGGGCUCUGGGUACGAAAUUAUGCAUAUUUAACAAGAAGAAGAACGGUAAUAGUCGAAACAAAGCUCACUUCUUGUUUUUAAAAAAAACUAAAGGAUUCUAUGUAACGAAGGCCAAAACAAAACCUUUUUAUCACUUUAUGACAUCAGAAGCUGUGCAGUAUGUAAAACUUCAACCUAAACUGUUUAAUUAAGAGGCCAAGAGUGUACACGUAGUGUAAACUAGCCUUAUAUUUAUUUACUGUAAAUAUCGAUUACAAAGUGCAAAGUAGCCUAAUUUGACAGCUAAGAUUAAAAAGUUUACAUGUUA